GGGAGACCGGAUAUAGUGAAUGCAGGGUCCGGGGGGAGAGCGGAUAUAGUGAAUGCAGGGUCCGGGGAGAGACGGAUAUAGUGAAUGCAGGGUCCAGGGAGAGCGGAUAUAGUGAAUGCGGGUCCGGGGGAGAGUGGAUAUAGUGAAUGCAGGGUCCGGGGAGAGAGUGGAUAUAGUGAAUGCGGGGUCCGGGGAGAGGCGGAUAUAGUGAAUGCAGGGGUCCGGGGGAGAGCGGAUAUAGUGAAUGCAGGGUCCGUGGGAGAGCGGGAUAUAGUGAAUGCGGGGUCUGGGGAGACCAGAUAUAGUGAAUGCGGGGUCCGGGAGAGAGCGGAUAUAGUGAAUGCGGGGUCCGGGGGAGAGCGGAUAUAGUGAAUGCAGGGUCUGGGGAUGAGCGGAAUAUAGUGAAUGCGGGGUCCGUGGGAGAGUGGAUAUAGUGAAUGCGGGGUCCGGGGAGACCAGAUAUAGUGAAUGCAGGGUCGGGGGGAGAGCGGAUAUAGUGAAUGCAGGGUCUGGGGAGAG